ACGAAUCAGAUUCACUUUGCGGUAUUAGCCUGCGCCGAUACAGACUACGGUGCCUGAGAUAGACCAAAAUCACAAAGAAAUGUUUCGCAAAAGAAUACACUAAGGUGCAAGGAUUAGUGUACCUGAAUCAGAAUCUGUGUAUUACCAUUACCAUGAAGUGCAUAAUUCCUGGCAGACAUACAAAAGUAUUUGGCAAAGCAGUGCAUUCCCUGUCAAGAAUUGGCAAUGAGCUUUGGUUUGACCCUGUAGAAAAAGGCCUUGCUCUGAGAGUUGUAAACUCUUCGAGGUCAGCAUAUGCCUGUAUCUUCUUUUCACCCCUCUUUUUCCAUAAAUAUCACAGAACUGCUUUCCUUGAACAAGCUGCUGGUUGUACCCAACUGAACUUCAAGUGCAAAUUUUCAGUUAAGUCUGUCCUGCCUGUGUUUAGAUCUCUGAGUACCUUAGAAAAGAAUGUGGAUAAAUGCACCAUUUAUGCAAACAUUAAUGACGGCUACAUGAAUUUUCAGCUAUUCUACAAAAAUGGUCUUACAAAAACGUACCAGUUGGCUUAUGAAGACUGUGAGCCCUUACAAGCAGUUUUUGCCAACAAUACAUGUCCUAACGUAUUAAGGAUCCAACCAAGAGUGCUGUCUGAUGUAGUAGUGCACUUUCCUACAUGCCAGGAAGAAAUCACCCUUUGUGUUACGCCACUGAGAGUCUCAUUCAAAACCUAUUGUGAAGAGGCAUUCGAGUUUUCAAAGUCAGUGCAUACUGAAAUGCAUCUUAGUCCAGAGGAAUUCCAUUAUUUUCAAAUUGGCGUGGAUUCUGAAGUAACGUUUUGCCUAAAAGAACUCCGUGGUUUCUUGGCAUUUGCAGACACAACCAGUUCUUACAUUUCUCUUUACUUUAGCAAACCUGGAAAACCUGUCGCAUUCAGUAUGGAUAACAUGUUUUUUGAAGCAAACCUCAUCUUGGCAACAUUGGCAGAAACAGAAAUGAGAAACUCCUCACAAAUAUCAAAAAGCAACAUUGCUGGAUCCAAGCUGUGCAGCCCUCCCCCUGCUACAGAAUUAAGCAAUGCUACGAGUGUGGCAGAAAAUCUAGCCAGCCAGCACAUCAUUUCAUUGCCUCAAGCUGAAAACCAAAGUCCUAUGAUAUCUAACAGCACAUUAUUAACAGCAUGUGGAAAUGCUAAGGAAGAUCAUCCAGAUAUGGUAGAAGAGACUCCAACCCAUUCAUCAUAUAGUAAGUUUUGCACACUCUUUUUUGGAGCGGUUUCAUCCGAAACACACGAGAAUGCUGAUGGAACGUUCUGCAGCUUGGCCACAGCAAGUGAGGAUGAGGAUGAAGAUUUCUGCAGCAGGAAACUCUCCCAGACAUUUUAAUGCAUACAGUAUUUUCACUAUACCUGUUGAUUUUUGUUUUUCCGCUGACUUUCUAUCUAUUGUUCAGGUUUAUUUUGACUUUCUGCACUGGCACAGUAAUAACAAAGGUAGGAAGCGGUGUGACAUGACACGUGCAGUUGUGUAUAUAAUGCCCAGGCACAAUGUUUAGUUCUUUGGUUGGUUGAAUAUAACCUGAGGCCAUCCGAGGGCUAGGGUAGCAGCUUCAAUGAGGUGGAGCCCCCCAAGCUGGACACUUGCAAUGAAUCUGGUCUCUGGGGUUACCCUUGUGGGGUUACCAAUCAGUUAAGAGAAUGAGCAGAAGAGGGGGGCAUGCCCAGGGCAGUUUUGCUUUACAGUGGUGUUUAGAGAUUUUACAGAUAAAAGAUUCUAAUCGCUAUCCCAAGAGGUAACAUCUCCAGCUUUCCACACUUAAAAUUAUAUACAUCAUCAGGGGGAUUGAUUUUUAUGAACACCCACAUUCACAAAGAGGUUGGUUCUAUAUUUAACCCAAAGAUGGAUAAAUAAUAUAUAUUCCUGUUAAUGUGCGUAACCUGGCUAAAAAUAAACUUUUUUC